CGAGUCAUCACCUAAGACCCGCGUCAGGAAACACUUAUCCUGUUUCCUGACAAACCUAACCUAGUGUACAAGAAGAAUGGAGGUGUAUUAUACAAAGUAGGGGAGUACUUGUACAACAGGGCUGAGGGUCCUGGUAGAGCGGUCACAUCAGUGGAAGUUAGUUGUGAUCCAGCCACCAGUGGCAGUGCCAGUGUUUUGAGAGAUCUACUAGUAACCUAACUCACCGCCUCUCCUACACCUAGCACAGGAUUAUAUUUUCGUUAGUAACCCGGAAGGAUGUGACGAUAUCAAGAGAGAAGUGUAUGUACUUCUCUGGGAGACAGCAAGUCAGGUCCGAGUGUCAUGUCUGACGUGACGUGACGGUACAUCAGUUGUAAGUGACGGUACAGCAGUUGUAGUGACGGUACAUCAGUUGAGUGACGGUACAUCAAUUGUGGAGUGACGGCACACCAAUCUUCAAGACCUGCCAUUAUAACAGACUUGGCGCUAGAUGGAAUACCGCGCCGUGAGUACUCUAGAACUCUAGUGUAUUCAAGUUAAGUUUGGUGCAUCAGUGCUCUAGUGUAUUCUUGACGUUGAAGACCUCUACAUGUGUACUCUAGCUAGACCAACAAUGUACUUAUAAUGGGCGUGGCCAAGUCAGUACUCUAGUUCUCUGGUAUGUGUGUGUAUAUAUGUCGAGUACCACUGCGUUAGUACUCUGGACUUCUAGUUUGAUGUUGUAUUUAUAGCAUUUAAGAUGGGUGUAGGGCGGUGUAUGCGAGGGUAUCUGGUGAGGCUGGCGCUGACUUGGGAGGCUAAGGCGUGUCUGCUGCUAUCAGCCACCGUGGUGCUGCUGCUGUGCGUGCUGCAGAGGGACCAGACUCACCUGCAGCUGCUGCAUGUCAGCGACGUCCCGAGAGAAUUACCUCAGGUCUCCACGGAAGGCGCUGGUGUGGAAGCCAGCAUGAGAGAAUCUACUUCUGAAGAUAGUGUUACACGCAGGGUUCUUCCCGGCUGCCCCUCUACCCCUCCACACCUCCGUGGAAAGUUGGAGGUGGAGGAGAACGUGAGUGUGAGUGAAGCUGAGGCCAGGCACGGGCUAGGAGUGAGGCCAGGAGGGUUUUCCUGGCCUCUACACUGUGACGCUCGCUGGUCGGUGGCUAUAAUUGUCCCGUACAGGGACAGGCAAUACCAGGUUGGGACCUUCUUGAACCACAUGCACUCGUUCCUGCAGCGUCAGCAGCUCAACUACUCUAUCUACCUCAUUGAGCAGGAAGGGACGGACCUGUUCAACAGAGCCCGCCUAUUGAAUGUUGGUUUUCUGGAGUCCCGCAAGGAGGGACCGUGGGACUGCUACGCUUUCCACGACGUUGAUAUGUUGCCGGAGAAUGACUAUCACCUGUAUCACUGCUCGGCUCAGCCACGACACCUGGCAGUCGCUACCUCCAACACCAAAUACCGGACCUACAAUUUCAAGUACUAUACUUACUAUGGAGGCGCUUGUCUCAUGACGGAGGCCCACGUGAGGAAGGUGAACGGCUGGAGUAAUAUAUACUGGGGUUGGGGAGGAGAGGACGAUGAUAUGUGGAGACGUAUAGCCUUCGCUGACAUGUCUGUGUGGAGGUAUCCUUCACACUACGCCAGGUAUAAGACUCUCCAACACAAGCCUCAGCCUGUGAAUAACAACAGGUACCAGAUACUAGAGCGCAACACUGGCAGAUAUCAUACUGACGGCCUAAACAGUAUAAACUACACUGUGAAGGCCUUUACCAGACACCCGCUAUACACACACAUCCUGGCAGACAUCGGCUCCAGUUGGAACAAUAGCCUCACACAUCUCUCGACGUCUGAGAUGCACAGAGAAUCCAGUCAGUGAAAACGUACUGUAAACCAGAAUCAAAGCGAAGACACACGUAGCGGAAUUAGCCUUUAUUGAGGCAACAUUUCGCUCUAUGGUGAUGAAAUGUACUUAUUGUGCUACGGGUCUGGGUACGCACUGGGUUCCUAGGGACAUCUGCAUUGUUCCUCUUAGUUCAACGUGAUACUUUAUAGUUAGAAAAGAGUAUAAACAAUUUAAUAUAUACCCGUUAAAAAUAUCAAGAAUUCGAAUAACAUCUUUAUUAAAAAAUUACAGUUAUACGUGUGAAUACGUAAUAUUACGGUGGUCAUAUUAGGUCUGUGUUCUUGUGUUCCGACAGACAGUCGUGUGUAAUUAAAACUUGUGAAAGCUUAGCUUAUUUAUUGUUACUACGAGACGGGAAUAAAAAUACUAAAGCAGAAAUAUCACACGAGAGACACCCAUAAGAACGGUACACGGAGAUUUACUACCGUUCUUCGUUGUUAAGCUUUGUUGCACUUGCAAGCUUGACGUACUACGCUCUGAUGAUGCUAGGACGCAGAAGAUUUUUUUUCACGAUAUGAUCUCGGGAAAAAUCCAUAUGCUUAGCAUACCUUUCCAUGGUAUUUCAGGUGCAGAUACAGUGCUGAAAACAUUAAAAAAGGAAGCUGGAAAUAUUUGGAAAAGACAUCUUCCACUUUACAUAGUUACGGGUAAAGAUGUUAUACAUGUAUUCUGUCAGUGAGACAGGAAAUUUUCUGCUUUGUGAUACUUCAGCCACUGUAUCAAGUACUGGAUCUUAAGAGGACAUCUGUUAGCUUUAAGCACUCAAAGUACUGUAUCUUACAGGACACAUGUUAGCCUUAAAUACAUAAAGCACUGAAUCUUACAGGACACAUGUUAGCCUUAAACACAUAAAG